AUGCCGCGGCAUCACCUGCUGGGUGCGGCGCAGCUGCUGCUCCUGAUGCCGCUGCUCCCUCAUUUUGCGGCCGCGAGCGAGGGCGACGCGUCGGCUGAGUUUCAGGGCUGCGAAGCAGUUUGCCAGUACACGGGCUGCCUGCCGCCGGCCCUCCAAAAGUGGAACCCCGAGGCGGGCGGCGCCCUUGGGGACGGGAUCGCCCCUGCGGCGGCCGGCUCGGGCUGCAGCAUCGCGUGCCCCCGCAACGCCCCGCGCUACCAGCCCCCGCUCGCGCUGCGGCUCGCGCGCUGGGGCUGCGCUGACGACUGCGCCUACCACUGCAUGUGGGCGGCCGAGCGGCGGCGCGCGGCGGCGGGGGAGGGCCCGGUCUGGAAGUACACCGGCAAGUGGCCCUUCAUCCGCGUCCUCGGAGCCCAGGAGAUCGCCUCAGUCGUCUUCAGCGUCGCCAACCUGUUGGCACACGUAGCAGGCCUGCGGCGCUACGCGGCCGCGCUGCGCGCCGCGCGCGCGGCGGGCGCCACCGGCGGGGGCGGCGCGGCCAAGGGCAGCGGCGGCGGCAGCAGCGGCGGCGGGGCCGGCGGCGGGCACUACCCCUAUGCGUGGAUCUGGUGGCUCUACGGCGCCGCGAGCCUCAUCGCAUGGGUCUGGAGCAGCGUAUUUCACGUCAGAGACAUCCGCGUGACCGAGCGCUUGGACUACUUUUCAGCAGACGCCCUCGUCGCAGCCGGCGCGCUGGCUGCCGCCGUGCGCACGCUCCGCCUCUCGCGCCCCUCCCGCGCGCUGCCCGCGGCCGCGGCCGCUGCCGCGGGGCUGCUGUGGCACGUGCGGUACAUGGCGUUUGUCAAAUUUGACUACGGCUACAACAUGGCUGUCUGCAUCGCAGCCGGCGUCGCGACUGCGAUCGCGUGGGUCGCGUGGGCGGCCACGGCCCGCCACCCCGCCAGGCGGCGGCUGUUCGCCUUCGUCGCGGCAGUCCACCUGGCGAUGGCGCUGGAAGUCCUGGACUUCCCGCCGCUGCUGGGGCUGCUGGACGCGCACGCGCUGUGGCACGCGGCGACGGCGCUCCUGAUGCCGCUGUGGUACGACUUUGUCGUCGCAGACGUUGCGUGGGUGGCCGCAGGCGGCGGCGGGAAUGGCAGCGGCGGCGACGGGGAGGGCGGCGGCGGCGGCAGUGGUGCCUUGGCACGCGCGCCGUCGCCUGUGCCGAGCGGCAGGCGGCGGGCGGCUGCUGCAGACGGAAAGCGCGAAUCAUGA